AUGACUCUGCCAUUGCAGACGGAAAAAGACCCGCUGCCCUGGAGAGAAGCCCGCCUGCUCCAGCUGCGUCCGCCUAAAGCAGUCCUGCGCCUAUCCGCCCGCAGUGCGCACGACGAGAACCGGUCGUUCAGAGGAGAGGUUGGCGCAUCUAGAAGAGAAGCUGGAUCGCCUCUUAAGCAGCAGGAUCACCCGCCGCUCCAGGAACAUCCCAACGAAGAAGCGAUAGCCGAUCCGUCCGAGAAAUCCGUCUCUGUGAGUCCUCCCGCGCAGGAGUCUACCUUCAUCAAUCCCAUCAAAGCCCAGACGACGUCACCGGCGCAGCAACCGCCUCUCGACAUCAUUCCCAGCGCUGGUGGCCCUGGUCCGGCGGAUGUCGGCCUGGGCAUCCGACUAUACUUUGAAUAUUGCCACCGGCAGCCCAUUUGGUGUUUUGAGUAUGAAGAUGUCGGAGACUUUAGCCAGCUGUCGGAGGAGCUGGCGUGCAGCAUCCUGGCACUCACAGCGCGCUUCUCGCCGAUGCGCGAACGGCUUCAAAAGUACAACAGCGACGCAAAGCGACUCGUCAUGAUGCGCAUCGCGAGCAGCAGGGUCGAGGUCUCGACGAUUGAGAGUCUUUGCUUGCUUGCCUAUUCUUCAUUUAUUGAUGGAAACGUCAGCCUCGGCCAGUUUCAUCUCGGCCUUGCAUUUCAGCUUUCUCGAUCGGCGAUGCUUGACGUCGAUGUCAGCUACUCUGACAAAGAUCCCAACACGCAGAGAAAACGCAAACUCUUUUGGAGUUUGCAAGUGCUGGAACAAUACUAUGGCAAGCAGACUGGCCUGCUCAGUCUGCCCACGGAGAUCUUGCGGCCGUCGUACGCGUCCUCGGUCUCGCGCGACAUCUCUCGACUCGAGACGGAGAACAAGCCGCCGCCCCUUCCGAGAGACGAUCUCGGCCACUCCAGACCGACGCCCGAGGAGCCCGGCGUCUGGAACACCAGCGUACACCUCGGAUGGGUGUGGAGUCGGGUGCGCAAGUACGUGUCCGAUUGCGCGCAGAACAUCUUCAACGAGCCCUGGCGGCGAGACUCGAUGUACGGCUCCGUGCUGUCCGACUUCAUGGACGCCGAGAACAGGAUCCCCAUGUGCCACCGGUACGACACGGUCAAGUUCUACGAGAGAAAGGUCGAGGAGCUCAAGGUCAACAGACCGUACUGGACGACAUGGCUGAAGGAGCAGUUCACCUACCACGCCAUCCAGACGGUCCUCAACCACCCUUUCCUGUACAUCAUCGGGGCGCAGCACAACUCCAACCUGGCUAUCCCCAACACGUUUUGGCGGCGAUCGUCCGAACUGGCCCUGAUACACUCUACCUGGAUCGUGCGGCUGAUCGACAUGGUGGUGGACAAGCAGGUCCAGCUGACCGACCCGUUCUUCGGCCACAUCGCAGCCAUCGCAGCCACGGUGCACCUGUACUAUUGUUGUGCCGCCGCUGCGAAAUUAAAGCACAAGUCGAACACCGACUUUGCCAAGUGCCGGCGAUUUCUAAAAUGCUUCAUUCCAUUCUCCCCAGCCUGCGCGGCGUUGGAGAAGAACCUCGACAAGAUGGCCCGGAUUGCCUCCGGCUCCGACUCGGUCGACGUGGAGGACUGGAUGCCCUCGCGCAUCUACCUCAGCGUGCCGCUCAUGUGGGAUAUCCUGCAGUUCACCUGCGUCUCCGGGUCGCCGGGCAUCUUCACCAAGGACCUGGCGCACGCGCUGCACCGCCGCGACGUGGCCGAGGAGAGCUCCGUGCUGGAGAUUGUCGUGGCCACGUCGCCCGAGAUCAGCAUCAACACGGCCGACGGUGGGCAGGAGGCACCGACGGCGUCGUCGUACAAGGCCUCGGUGUCGCCGGGCGGCAGCACCAAUCCGAGCAACCAUCCGCUGCUUAACACGGAGCCGGUGCCGCUGGCGGACGACCUGACGAUGAACACGACGCCCUGGCUGUACGAGGACUCGUCGCAGUUUGCGGGCCUGGGCGACAUUGACCUGCUAGACGCACAGUCGGAAGCCGGCGAUGAGAAUGGCAUGAUCUGGUGGGAGGGCGAUGUGAAUCAUUCUUUGUUCAGUCACUUUUAG